AUGUAUUCAGCCUGGACCUAGCCAGCAUAGCAUAUCUAGGUCGUCUUUUUGUUCACAUAUCGCAAGUACCUUUUUAUUUCUCGAAGAUAUUUGAACAGUUUUCUACAGACUGACAACUGAGUCAACUGUAUCAGACAGGUUUUGUAGCUAGCCCAUCAACAUCAGGCUAUUCCUCUGUGAGUCCAACUUUUAUAGGGGUCUCCUGGACAAGUGGAAAACUGUAUGGACCAGACCCAACAUGAAGAGCCUUAAAGCGAAGUUUAGGAAGAGCGACGCCCAUGAAUGGAGCAAAAACGACGAGCGCCUCUUGGCAGCCGUGGAACAUGGGGAGGUGGAGAAGGUAACUGCCCUCCUCGCCAAGAAAGGAGCCAGCGCCGUCAAACUGGACCAUGAGGGCAAGUCAGCUCUCCACUUGGCUGCUACCCGUGGACAGACGGAGUGUCUCUCAGUCAUCCUGGCACAUGGAGUGGACACAUCGGUCAUCGACGCCUCAGGUUUUAGUGCUUUACACCUUGCUGCCAAAAACAACCAUCAGGAGUGUGCCAAAAAGCUUAUACAGAGCAAAUGUGUGCUGAAUGCUCUGGAUGGCUCAGGGAAGACAGCCCUUCACCACGCAGCUGCCAGUGGAAGUGUGGCGAUUGUCCAAGCUUUAUGUGAGCACAAGUGUCCGGUGAACGUCAAAGACAAGGACGGCCUCAGCCCCCUGCUGCUGUCUGCCAGACACGCCCACGCCGAGGUUUGCAGCGGCCUGCUGGACUCGGGAGCCGACGUCAACGCACGUGAUAAAAAUGGCAGAACGGCAGUAAUGCUGGCCAGUGAGAGCAGCAGCUUGUCCGUAGUGGAGGUUCUGGUCCAGAGGGGAGCGGACCUCCAUGCUGUAGACUCUUUGGGUCAUGACGUCCUUCACUACGCCAAGUUGUCCGGCAGCAGUGAAGUCAGGGCCGUCCUCACUGCCGCUCUUCACAAGGCCCACUCAGACUCAGACACCCCAAAGUCUCCGAAAACCCCUCAGCAUGAUCAAGUGGCUAGGUUAGAUGGCGAUCGAAGCACAACUCCCAAAAAACGAAAAGCACCUCCACCUCCCAUUAGCCCUGUGCAGAUGUCUAGCUUCAACUCUCCUGUGUACAUGACCCCAAAUGAAACUCCAGUCUCCAGUAAAAGUUGUGGAUCUAAAGUCUUUCAUUAUACGGAGGAGGAGUUGAAGAGUGUGUCUCUGAGAGAUGAGGUGGAGAAGCUGCAGGAGGAGAAGCGCAUGCUACUGGAGACCAUUGAUGAUCUGAAGCAGAUUGUGGACCGGCCUGUGACUAUGAGCGAGAUGGAGCCAGAGCCAAAGGCGGGAGACAAUGGGAAGGUUGACUCAGCUUUGGUUGAGGCCCUGCAAGCCAAGAUUACAGCCCUGUCUCUGGAGAACCAGCAGUUAGCCCAGAUACUCAAGAAGCGUCCAUCUCCCCAAGGAGGUGAGUGUAGCCAGGAGGACACGUCCCGUCCGGACAGUAUGAACUCUAACGCCUCCUUCCACACCACCAACGAGUCCCCCAGCGAGGCCGUGCUCCAGCCCCAGGGUGCCGAUGAGGAGGACAUGUUUGAGCUUGGCAGCACCUCCCUGAGACAGGAGGAUGAAGACUUUGAGGGGGAAGGGAAGGAUGGCGGAGAGGAGGAGAUUCGGCUGCUCAGGGAGACCCUAGGGAGUGUCCAGUCCAAAUUGCAGGAGACACGGAAGGAGAACCGCACACUCCAUGCCAGACUGAAACCUGUUCAGGGGGAGGAGACAGGGAGGGAGGGUGAGGUGUUGCUGGAGAGUCUGGCAGAGCUCCAGGCCAAGCUGACAGAGACACAGGAGAAACACGACCAGGCCAGAGAGGAGGUGCUGGCCCUAAGGGCACAGAUUGAAAGAGGAAGUGGUGAAAGAAGUAAAAUGGCCGAACAGGAGCUCCAGAGACUGAGAGGCUGUCUGGAGCAGGAAGUGACAGAGCUCAGGUCCCUGCUGACCCAGGCUGAGCAGCAGAAGGAGCGAGACGCUAGCCAGAUCAGGGAGCUGGAGGCCAGGCUGAAGGCGGCAGAAGACAGCAGUCAUCAUGAAAAGAGCCUUCUGGUGAACCGUUACAAGGAGGCGCAGGAGGAGAUCAGGAUGCUGCAGGAAGCCCUGAGGGGGACUGUGCCUGUGGAGGCUGCCGCUAAAGACUUCGAGGAGAUGAAGGGUGAGCUUGGGAGUGUGAUCGAUGGGUUGCAGCGCCGCCUGCUGGAGCUCUCCAAAUCCUACAGCGAGACCAAGAGUGAAUUGAGCACCACCAGAAACCAGCUGGAGGAGGCCCUGGAGGUCAGAUCAAAGCCUAGCAGCCCUGGAGCCAUCCCGGAUAAGGAGCAGGAGAAUCUGAGGAGCAGAGUGGAGGAGCUGCAGGCGCUUCUUGCCGACACACAGAGCAAGUACUCCUCCUCUCUGGAGGAGAUUGCCCAGCUGAAGCGUGAGGCGGAGGCUCAAGCCCAGGGCUCGGUGGCAUUAGCCGACCACACCCAGGUGGUGUCUUCUCUGGGCAGUGCCAUCAAGGACUUGGAGAGCCAGGCAGAAGCUCUGAGACAACAGUUGUCCCAGAGGAUGUUGCAGGUGGACGCUCUGCAGAACCGACUGACUGUGGAGAAGGACCACACGCCGGAUGACUCUGUGUCUCGGCUGGAGCACGAGCAGAUGAGAGAAGGCCUGGAGACGGAGGUGGGCCACCUGACGCAGCUCCUCCAGGGGGCCCUGAGGAAACAGGACGAGAUGGCUCUGGAGGCGGCUGCGGCGUGGCAGGAGCUUAAAGAGGGGAGGAGUGAGAGGGAAGCUGUGCAGGAGCUGGCCAUCAGCCGGGAGAAGGAGAAUCACACACUAAACACUAAGCUCAGAGAGGCCCAGGAUGCCAUCGCUCAGCUGAAGAAACUGGUAGAAAGUCAUGUCAGCUCAGAGAGAGAGAAAAAUAAGAAGAUUGACGACCUGUCGAGAGAGGUGGGGAAGUUAAAGGAUGCCUUAAACAGCCUCUCCCAGCUGUCCUACAGCGCAUGCUCACCCAAGAGACAGCAGAGUCUACAGCAGCAGCUCCUGGACAGCCUGCAGCAGCAAGUCAAACAGCUGCAGUAUCAGCUCGGGGAGUCAAAGAAACAACACCAUGAGAUAGUGUCAGUCUACAGGAUGCACCUCCUUUACGCUGUCCAGGGUCAGAUGGACGAGGAUGUCCAGAAAGCCUUGAAGCAGAUUCUGAUGAUGUGCAAGAUGCCAACCGAAGCCAAAUGAAGCAUCUUAGACUGAGCCGACUGGUCAAUGCUGGAGAGGAGAGUUCUUAAACCCUCCUAAUCGCAUUCAUCGCGCUACAGCGCACGUUGCCGCGUCCGUCCAUCAAAAAUGGGGAAAAAAAGGAUUUUCUGAGGGAAAAAAUACUAUUCUUCCCCUGUCUACAAAUGAUGUCAGAGGGGAGCUACAGUAUGAAGACUUGUUGUUUUGAAUGGUGUCCUAUCUUCAAACUAGCAGUGUUAGUUUUGUAUUGUUGUCAAGAAUUGUAGCAAGUUUUCACAAUUUAUUAAAUAUCUUUUUUUUUUUUUUUUU